UUGCUCUUCGCCACUAACCCACACUCGAAACCUUUUCUCUCUCUCGCCGAGCAGCAGCCAUGGAGAGGGAGAAGACUACCAAGAAAUAUUCUGCUAUUUCUUUGCAACAAUUUGUAUCAAUCAUGGCUCCUUUAAUCGAUAUGGAAAAGGAAGCCGAGAUAUCUGCUUCUGUCAGUUCAGGCUCAUCGAGAAGUCUGGAUGCUGCUCAAAAGAAGGGCUCCGCCAUUCUUAAUCUGAAGUGUGUGGACGUUCAGACAGGGUUAAUGGGGAAGACUCUUCUGGAGUUUCAAUCUAAUAAGGGAGAUGUUCUUCCUGCUCACAAGUUUGGAACUCAUGAUGUAGUUAUUCUAAGACCAAACAAGUCUGAUUUAGGGUCUCCUUCCCUUGGACAAGGUGUGGUUUAUCGUCUAAAGGACUCGUCUAUCACUGUUGCUUUUGAUGAUAUUCCAGAAGAGGGUUUAAACAGUCCUCUACGUCUUGAGAAAGUUGCAAAUGAGGUAACAUAUCGUAGGAUGAAGGAUGCCUUAAUACAACUGAGCAAAGGCAUUCAGAAGGGACCUGCAUCUGAUCUAAUUCCUGUAUUAUUUGGAGAGAAGCCACCUUCUGUGUCAAAGAAGUCUGUCUCAUUCUCUCUAUUCAACUCCAAUCUUGAUCAUUCUCAGAAAGAUGCCAUUUCAAAGGCACUCUCAUCCAAGGAUGCAUUUCUGCUGCAUGGGCCUCCAGGAACUGGGAAGACUACAACAGUGGUGGAAAUUAUCUUGCAAGAAGUGAAACGUGGAUCAAAGAUUCUUGCCUGUGCUGCUUCCAAUAUUGCUGUUGACAACAUUGUUGAGCGACUUGUGCGUCACAGAGUAAAGUUGGUCAGAUUGGGGCAUCCUGCUCGCUUACUACCUCAAGUGUUGGAGAGUGCACUUGAUGCACAGGUUUUACGAGGGGAUAACAGUUCACUAGCAAAUGAUAUUCGCAAGGAAAUGAAGGCUCUGAAUGGGAAGCUGUUGAAAGCCAAAGAUAAAAAUGCAAAGAGGGACAUUAGGAAGGAGCUUAGAACUCUUUCCAAGGAAGAGAGGAAAAGGCAGCAGCUAGCGGUGACAGAUGUAAUAAAAAAUGCAGAUGUGGUAUUGACAACUUUAACUGGUGCAUCCUCUCAGAAGCUUGAAAAUACCUCAUUUGAUUUGGUUAUUAUUGAUGAAGCUGCCCAGGCACUAGAGAUAGCUUGCUGGAUUGCUUUGCUGAAGGGAUCAAGAUGUAUACUGGCAGGGGACCAUCUUCAGCUUCCCCCAACUGUACAGAGUGUUGAAGCAGAGAAGAAAGGCCUAGGCAGGACCCUUUUUGAACGCCUUGCAGGCCUGUAUGGAGAUGAAGUCAUAUCUAUGCUCACCGUCCAGUACCGCAUGCAUGAGCAUAUAAUGAGCUGGUCAUCCAAAGAGCUAUAUGAUAGUAAGGUUGAAGCCCAUCCAAGUGUUGCAGCACAUAUGCUGUAUGAUCUUGAUGAUGUAAAGAGGACAUCUUCAACAGAACCAACCCUUAUUCUUGUAGACACAACUGGUUGUGACAUGGAAGAAAAAAAAGAUGAGGAAGACAGCACAAUGAAUGAGGGUGAGGCUGAGGUUGCUAUAGCCCAUGCAAAAAGGCUUGUUCAGAGUGGGGUCCAGCCAUCUGAUAUUGGAAUAAUCACCCCUUAUGCUGCUCAGGUUGUCUUGCUAAGGAUUCUGAGAAGCAAAGAUGACAAACUAAAAGAGGUGGAAAUCUCUACAGUUGAUGGCUUCCAAGGUCGGGAAAAAGAAGCCAUUAUUAUUUCCAUGGUCCGGUCAAACUCAAAGAAAGAGGUGGGAUUUCUUAGUGACCGUAGACGAAUGAAUGUGGCUGUGACACGUGCAAGGAGACAGUGUUGUCUCGUCUGCGACACAGAGACUGUGAGCAGUGAUGGAUUCUUGAAGCGAUUGAUUGAGUAUUUUGAGGAGCAUGGUGAGUAUUUGAGUGCAUCAGAGUAUGGGAAUGAAUGAGCCAGUAUUAGACCAUAACCACAGCACAGAACUCACCUUCCAACCUCCGAUGAUGGAGGCCCCUUGCUUGUAAAGCAGAUGUUCGCAUUGGUGGAUAUUGGGUGUUUUUGUCCUGAUG